AUGAAGGUAUAGGGGUUUCUCAGUACUCACCAAACAUCAAGAAGUUUUUUCAUUUGGAGAUCCAUUAGCUUCAAUUCGAUUUCAGGUAGUGAUGAAACAGAGUUGUGUAAUUGCAAGCUGAAUCCAAUUUCAGGUAAUGAUGAAACAGAGCUGAUUAAUUUCAAGAUGAAAUCACUAUUUCGUUCUUCUUCAUCAUCGUCUACUGUUAUAGGUAACGAUAUUGAUAUCUUUACUCAGAUUUUGUUGUGUUUAUCAGUAAAACCACUGCUCGUAUUUAAAUCCGUAUCGAAACAAUGGUAUUCGGUUAUAUCUGAUCCAAUUUUUAUUAAAAAACAUACUCAAAGACAAUACCCACAUUCAGUAAUGGUGGAGACAGAAACAAAUAACCCAAAAUUCGAAUUCGUAUCCCUAGAUGGAUCAUCAUCGUUUGUCCCCUUUGAAACCCUAGAUUUUUUCAGUGAUCUUAUUAUAAAGAUAAAACAAUCUUGCAAUGGUCUGUUGUGUUGCUUUAGCUAUGAGGAUUACGGAAACUGCACCUAUUACAUCUGCAAUCCAUCGACGAAGCAAUAUCGCAGAAUUGUUGAUUUUGGAUUUGAUAUGGCAAAAGAAAAAGGUUUCGUAAUGCCUUUGAGUGUUAGUUUGGCUUAUGAACCGCUCAAGUCUCGUCAUUACAAAGUUAUUUGCGUUUGGAUGAUGCCACUGGAACAAUCUACUCCUCGGCUUCGUGCUUGUCAAAUUGAGAUAUACUCGUCUGAAACUGAUUCUUGGAAGCUGUCUGGAGAUGUUUUCUUUGUAUCUUAUAGUAUUACGAAUAAAAGUGGAGUGUAUUGUAAUGGUUCAUUGCACUGGAUCGAUUCUUCGAAACUGGAGAAUCAUAUUUGUUUCAACAUCGAUCAAGAAUUAAGAACUGGUAUGCCACCAUACCGUUCUCUUCUUUAUUCAGAAAAGAGAUCGAAUGUUGAAUACUUUGGGGAGUGUAGGGGUCGAUUACAUCUUAUUUCAGAUUGUGUUUUGGAAUCUAUUUAUGAUAUUUUGGAGAUGAAGACUGACUACACGGGAUGGAUAAAGAAAUUUCGUGUUAAUGUCCGAGAGUUCCCAUAUCCAGUGGUGUCGGGUGGAUUUUGUGUGUUGCAUGUUGAAGAAGUAGGAGAAUCAUUUAUGUUGGUAUUGAGGAUACGAGAUCAAGUUAUUUCUUGUAAUCUACGUGAAAUGAGCUUCAAGGAUCUUUAUAAAUUUGCACCACUGACUUGGGAAAAGAUUUCCCAGGAUAGUUCUUAUCAGUACAUUGAGACACUUGCUUUUGUUUGAUCAGGUUACAUACUUUUGUUCUCCACGGUUACUUUGAGGUCAAUUUGAAAAUUGCAGCAAAGGGACGAAGGUACGAACCUUGAGAACUUCUUAUAGUUCCUUGUUAAAAAACCAAGUUUAAAUUGUGUUGGAUCAAUUGGCAUCGGGGUUCAGCAUUGCGUAGUUCCUCGCAAAUACAUCUUUUCAGCUCAAUUUGACUUUUUAAGAGCUCAAUUUUUUUCUUCUGCCUGCUCAAUUUGGCGCCGGAGUUCAGCAUUUCAAAGCUUCUUGAUCUUUGCCUUUAGAAUCUCACAUUUCUUCUUCGAAAACAUACUUCGAAAUUGGCGGUGGUUUGGCUUAAGCUGUCGUUUCAGAUGGAAUACCAUCAUUACUUUGAGCUUGAUGUGAAGGGAUAUUGCAGGAAAGGGACAAGCUCGAUUUGCCGUCGGGGUUCAGCAUUGCGUAGUUCCUUGCAAAUACACUUUUUCAGCUCAAUUUGAUGUUUUAACAGCUCAAUCUGACGUCUAUCCAGCUCAAUUCGGCGUAGGAGUUCAGCAUUUCGGAGCUCAUUUAUGUUUGCCGCCUUUAGAAUCUCACAUUUCUUCUUCAAAAGCAUUCUUCUGAAUUGGCGGCUUCGCUUAAGCUGUCGUUUCAGAUGAAAUGCCAUCCUUUUGUUAGCAGAGAUAAUUUAAGAUAAUGAAAUAUCUAUCAUAUUAUUGAGCAAGUACAAUUAUGAACGUUCCAAUAAGAUUAUGUUUUUAUAAUUGGAUACAUGAAAGAGACUUCUGCACAAAAGUCUAAAAUUUGUGGUU